AUGGUAGUUUACAGUGGCGUGAAUGUGUGGGUGGAUCCUGCCGCUCCCGCUGCCGCUCCCGCUGCCGCUCCCGCUGCCGCUCCCGCUCCCGCUGCCGCUCCCGCUGCCGCUCCCGCUGCCGCUCCCGCUGCCGCUCCCGCUGCCGAUCCCGCUGCAGCUCCCGCUGCCGAUCCCGCUGCCGCUCCCGCUGCCGCUCCCGCUUCCGCACCCGCUGCCGCCCCCUCUGCCGCUCCCGCUGCCGCUCCCGUUGCCGCUGCCGCCACCGCUGCCGCUCCCGUUGCCGCCACCGCUGCCGCUCCCGCUGCCGCUCCCGCUGCCGAUCCCGCUGCAGCUCCCGCUGCCGAUCCCGCUGCCGCUCCCGCUGCCGCUCCCCCUUCCGCACCCGCUGCCGCCCCCUCUGCCGCCGCCGCUGCCGCUCCCGCUCCCGCCGCCGCUGCCGCUCCCGCUCCCGCUGCCGCUGCCGCUCCCGCUGCCGCUCCCGCUGCAUUUAGACAUUACUGA